CCUCCUUUACUGGCGAGUGAGGAGGAAAAUCAGCUGAAGGAAAAUACUGCUGGCUACUUCAAACCAUGGCUGCGGAGAUUCAUUCAAGGCCCCAGACGGCCAGACCGGUCCUUCUCAACAAGAUCGAGGGCCACUCAGACGCCGUCAACGCAGCCGUUUUAAUACCCAAAGAGGAUGGAGUUAUCACCGUUAGCGAGGACAGAACCAUCCGGGUGUGGCUGAAGAGAGACAGCGGUCAAUACUGGCCCAGCAUCUACCACACAGUCUCCUCUCCAUGCUCUUGCAUGUCAUACCACCACGACAGCAGACGCAUCUUCAUAGGCCAGGACAAUGGAGCUGUUGUGGAGUUUCUCAUCUCUGAAGAUUUCAACAAGAUGAACCACGUCAAAACAUAUCCAGCACACCAGAACCGUGUGUCAGAUAUGGUGUUCUCCCUGGAGAGUGAGUGGGUGGUGAGUACUGGCCAUGACAAGAGUGUGAGCUGGAUGUGCACCCAGAGUGGCAGCAUGCUGGGGAGGCAUUACUUCACUGCCUGGGCCUCCUGCCUACAAUACGAUCACGAGACGCAGCAUGCCUUUGUUGGCGAUUACUCAGGACAGAUCACCCUGCUGAAACUGGAGAAGCAGACGUACUCCACCAUCACUACACUGAAGGGUCACGAAGGUAGUAUAGGAACCUUGUGGUGGGACCCUGUCCAGAGGCUGCUCUUCUCAGGGGCCUCCGACCACAGUGUCAUCAUGUGGGACAUCGGGGGCCGCAAAGGACGAACGCUACUGUUGCAGGGACAUCAUGAGCGUGUUCAGUCCCUGCGUUACCUCCAGCUGACGAGGCAAUUGGUUUCGUGCUCAGCCGAUGGAGGCAUCGCAGUAUGGAACAUGGACACACAGAGAGAAGAGGCGCCUCAAUGGUUAGACAGUGACUCUUGUCAGAAGUGUGAGCAACCUUUCUUCUGGAAUAUCAAGCAGAUGUGGGAUACUAAGACUCUGGGGCUCAGACAGCACCACUGCAGGAAGUGUGGCAAAGCUGUGUGUGGAAAAUGUAGCUCUAAACGCUCUACGUUCCCAAUCAUGGGCUUCGAGUUCCCCGUGCGGGUGUGUGACGCCUGCUUCGACACCAUCAAAGAAGAAGAUCGAACACCGUUGGCCACUUUCCAUGAGGGGAAACACAACAUCGCCCACAUGGACAUGGACCCAUCCAGAGGCCUCAUGGUCACUUGUGGAAGCGACCGCAUUGUUAAGAUCUGGGAUAUGACACAGGUGGUUGGCUGUAGCUUAGCAACAGGCUUCUCCCCGCGCUGAUUGGCCCGGUGCCCCCUCUCGCCCCAUGCUCCGCCCACUCUUCCAAUGUCAUGGAAACCCCUCUGUACAGUACAUCUCCCCACCACGCCUGGGAUCUUCAGCUGCAACCAGGCCCGCUCUUGGUGAAUGUGCGAGUGUGUGUGUGUGCGUGCGUGCGUGCGUGUGCGUGCAUGUGCGUGUGCGUGCAUGUGCGUGUGUCAGUAGUACAACCCUCCACAUUCCUUUUGCUUCUCAUGACAAAAUUCUCUUUGAUUUCACUAAUUGUCAGUCUUACAUUGAAGCGUGUUUGACUGAUGUUGACUUUUUGCUCUGAUCUGAAACAGAACCCUAAGCACAAUGGUGUGUGUGUGUGUACAUGUGUGCAUGUAUUGUAAUGGUUUCUCCUAUAGGAGGAAUGGUAUUGAUGUUAGUGUUUACAUUCAAUAUAUCUAAUGCUUCUUUUGACAGUAGUCAUUUUUUUAUUGCCCUUGCACUGUAAAGUUAGCCUUCACUAUAUUGCUGACCUGCCAUUCCUGUAAAAACAAACUCUUUUCUUGCUCAUUAGUGUGGCCCACUAACUGCAUAUUACUCCAUCACUGUAAAACCCCCCUAUCAUGUGUACAUACCCCUGCAUCAUUUGUAUAGUAGAUGCUUGAAAUGACUCACUGAUCAAAGUGAUCUUGUUCCUCUCUCUCUUUCUGAUUUCUUUUUCUCUUUCACUAGUUGGCCUUAAAUCACUCUCAGGAGGUUUUACAUCAGUAGGGUAUCACUAGGUGGGGCUCCGAUGAUGUCAGUCGUACCCAUUAGUAAUGUGUAGUUACUGAAGCGUGGGGAGAGAAUCAGUAAAACGGCCUCCUUGAUGGACCAAGGAAUUCUCUUGAUACACCCACAGUCGCUGCAAUAGAUAUUGGACACAGUUGUCAGAUGUUUGCGUGACAGCGGCGACCCCGCUUCCACCUCAUGAUCACAGGUGAGGCAUGGGAAAUUGAAAUGUGUUAUCAUGGUAACAAGCGCUGAGAGGGGCAACAUCCUGUGGCAGCCAUUCAGGGGUGUACCUAGAGGAAAUGCCAUUAUUGGGACUUGUGAUCAUUUUGGUGUUGUGGAUUGGAUUUUACGCUGGUGGAAGCAAGUUUUAAAAAAAAACAAAAAAACGGCACAGCACCACCACUUCUUAGAAUCGUAUCACUGUCUUUAGAAAAUUCUGAUAAAUAUUACAAGUGUUUGCAGUGCAGAAUUGGAUUUCGUGCCCCUUGAAAGGCCCUUAGGUAAUGGACCGGUACUCUGAACUAAAUGUAGCAGUAAAUGUUGACGUGUUCAAUCGUCUCCAGCUAAAUCUGAGGUCAGAUCAGGGCUGCCUGUGUUCCUUCAAAAGCCUUAAAGAGAGAAGGACGCACUCACAGAGCCUUCUUAGUGGUUUGUCAGCGCUUACGACUGUUCACUCAUGUUCAUUCACACUCAAGCACUCAUCUCAUAAAAAAGCUCUGGAUGUCUCGUUUUCCUUUCAUCCUGUUUAUUUUUUUUCACUUUCUGUCCUCAGUCGUCCUACCUACCCCCCCACCCACACACCCCCACACACCCCCACACACACACAUCUGUGCAUCAAGGAUGUCUCAUAACGCUCUCAGCACUGCACUGAAUUGCACAACUUGUGAUCUCUGUCUUUUGAAUCGAAUGAAACAUUUUUUGUACGUUCAGACAUGAGAGAGAUAAUAGCUGGAUUCGAUGUAGCGUCCUUGUAAAUAGCAGCUAAUAUCUAACAUUAGACUAACGCUUGCCUUAUUGUAAGUGGGAAAAAUGAGCAUUAUAAUGUUUCUGAUUUCAAAAUGUAGUCACAUUCCAGUUUUUUGAUCAUGUAGUGUAUAUUUAUAUUUGUAGUAAAGUAUUUAUCACUGUAAA